AUGGACGAAGAUCCAUCAUGGUGUGAGCCAUCAGGCUACAAGAGUCGACCAGUAGCAGUCAUUGGAGCAGGAAUGCUAGGCCGCCGCAUUGCAACAUGUUGGGCAUGUGCUGGGUACAAUGUCCAUGUCUGGGACCCCAACCCCAAUCAGUGCUCCGAGACUGUCAAAUAUUUCCGCGAAAACAUCUCCAUCUACCAACAAUACAUUUCCACAACGCCUGGGGAAGUAUCUCAAACUGUGGAUCUCGAAGCUGCUGCGUCUGAUGCAUGGCUUGCUGUCGAGUGUGCACCUGAAAACCUGGAGAUUAAGCAGGAUGUGUUUUCGGAUCUGGAAGCAGUCUGUCAGGUAGACUGCAUCCUAGCGACGAACUCAUCAUCUUAUAAAUCUUCUGCUGUCUCGCAGAAGACGAGACCUGAGACCCGGAACAGAGUUCUGAAUUCCCAUUAUUUCAUGCCCCCUCAUGUGCGCAUUGUCGAGCUUAUGACCUCCGGAAGUACCGACACCGCGAUCUUCCCUUUUUUGAAAUCCCGGAUGCGAGAAGUUGGAUUGAGUGUAUAUGUUGCAAAGAAAGAGUCGACCGGUUUCAUUCAUAACCGCGUAUGGGCUGCGAUCAAGCGGGAGCUUCUGAUGGUCGUGGCAGAGGGGGUAGCGGAUCCGAAGACCGCAGAUGACAUCUUCUUUGAGGCAAUUGUCAAGCCAGGGACGAGGCCAUUUGUGGCAAUGGAUUUGGUCGGGCUUGACACGGUGGCCAGCAUUGAACGUAACUUUGCCCUCGAACGAGGUCUUCCGACUUCACAAACAGUGGAGUUCCUAGAGCAAGAAUACAUCAACAAAGGAAAGCUUGGUGUGAGUAGCGAGAAUGGCGGAUUUUACCGCACCGGAUCGCGGUCAAAUGGACCCAGAUUGCUUGUCCUCGACAAUGGUUUGUCGGGCGAGGUCACAACCUUGCAGAUGGGAAAACUGAUGGAAUAUACUUCUACUGGUCAGCAUGUCCGCACCAUCUUCGACAAGCAGUAUAUACCCGACGGCGUCGUUGUGCACAAAGAACUCAAUCGAAUGUUUUGGACAUGCAUGGGCUACCCGGGCCAACUUGACGGUACGAUAUGUUCGGCGAAUCUGGACGGAAGCGAUUUCAGAUCACUACUUGAAAAGGGGGCCAUCAACACACCGAAGCAAAUGACAAUUGACCAGGAAGCUGGCAAAUUGUAUUUUGGCGAUCGUGAGGGUCUAGGCAUUUGGCGCUGCGACCUGGAUGGCUCUAGGCUUGAAAAAAUCAUUCAAACCGGCGAUUACUCUGACGAAAAUGACCGCAAAGAUCAAAGGAAUUGGUGUGUCGGAGUUGCUAUAUCGAAAUGUCUGGGCAAAAUAUUCUGGACACAAAAGGGCCCACCCAAAGGCUUCCAAGGACGUAUCUUCAGCGCAAACCUUGCAAUUCCACCCGGCGAAACUGCGGAGAAUAGAUCGGACAAGGUCUGCCUCCUUGAAGGUCUCGCGGAGCCUAUUAAUGUCGAGUUCCACGAAGGACUGAGAGCUCUUUAUUGGACUGACAGGGGCGAAGUCCCGUGGGGAAAUACGCUUAAUCGUGUUUUCCUAGGAGAAAAUGGGCAAUGUCUGGCCACUAACCUCACACCCUUGCUCAAACACCAAAUUCUAGCAAGGAAGUUCCACGAAGCGAUUGGCAUGGCAAUCGAUGAAGAGAACGAGCACGUCUAUGUGGCGGACUUGGGUGGGUCAAUCUGCAGAUGCAAUCUUGAUGGCAGCGAUAAAACGCGGAUCUUGUUUGAAGAGCAGCGAGCUUUUACUGGCAUUACCUUAUUUUGA